UAAGAACUUGAAUGUACCCCAGAUAAAUCAACUCCGCGAGCGCACCACAAAUCCAAACAAACACCCAAUCGCCACUUUAAUCUGGAGGCACAUAGCAGGACGCAAGUAUUGCAGUGCUAGCGGAAUAUUAAUAGUCAAGAUAUAUUUUUUAAAUCAUAUUUCGUUAAGAUAUUGCUUGAUAUAAGUAGGUUUUGGCAUCAUCCUAUAAAAUCUAGCAAGCUAACGUUAUUAGCUAGCUAGCGCCCGAAUCCCCCGACCCGGUGUGGGCUAACGCGGUAGCCAUUUUGAAGCCGUGUUGUGCCAACGAAGCGAAGGUCCGGUCUGCAUAAGUGCAGAUACUACUACAUGUGAAAGCAACGCUACAAGAGGACGGAAAAUACUAGGAGUAACUGCACAGCACCUGUCCUUCUGACACAUGCUCCAUAUGUUCCUACACUUUCUUUGCUUUGAAGAAAGGAAGAUAUUUGCCUUUCAGAGGUUCCCUCUUUUAUGGACAAGUUUAUUUUUUGUCUUUCAACCAAGUGUCCCAGGUGUGUUGUGACACACAGAACACUGAUUGUAAGCAAUUGCUGUUAUACUGUUUAAAAACCUUUGCACUCUCAUCCUUCAACCACACAACUACAGCUAAUUAUACCAGCAAAUAUAAUAGAACAGAUGAAGAAAGCAACCAAUCUAAUCAGCCGUUGAGACACCAUUGUCCUUAGCAUGCAUUGAAAAGCUGCAUUAUAAUGCGUUGUUCUGCAGUAUCAACAUUUCACUGACCGGAAUUGAAGAUGUCAGAAAUGUAACAGUGGAUUUUACUGCCUUUACUGUCAUGUGACUGUAAUACUAGACACCCUUUUUUUUUCCUUCAACCCCAGACAGCCUUUUCACCAGUUUAAUGAGGUGAGCUGUGGAUUUCAGUGACCUCCAUUGGAAUAAAAAGAGGUCUCUGAAUUUAUUUAUUUUCUGCAUGUGUUUGGGUAGAGACUAAAAUGACUAAGAGCUGGCACUCAUAGUGGCAGGAGAAGAGCCAGAACCUCCUUCCAGCACACUUCUGAUGUCAUAGUGAAACUGUCCCGUUCACACUGACAGGGCUCGAUGCCCCAGAGCUUCCAAUCUCAGCAGACAACCUGCACCUGCCUCUCCCAUUGGGCAAUUCACUUGCCUGUCUACUGAGCCCGCCAAUCAGAACCUUCUGUUUCACAAAACAGAUCAAGCAGGUUCCAUGUGUCUCUUCACCUGACAAAGAAUCCUACCUGCUUCGGUAGAGUGAUCAGGACGAAUUUGGGGGUAACAACGUGCCUCUGGAUCACCAUUCCAGAUAAUCCCAGAAUCCUGUGACCCGACUCCCAACUUUUCACCCUGGACGACGGGGUCUGCCUCUGGGGAAAGGGGCUGUUCUGUCCUGGAGGAGGAGGAGGGCUCGGCAGUGAGGUGCUGCUCUCCAUCACACACUCUGAGUCAAUCCCACAGAGGAGGCAGAGACCAAGAGGAAGAGGAGAGGACUUCAGAGCCAAAGACUCUGGGAUCCUUGCCAUGAGGUUUGAUGCCUCGAUCCACUGACAGGAGACACUGGACCUAAAUGGCGCAGCAUGACUUUGUUCCUGCCUGGCUUAACUUCUCCACGCCCCAGCCUGCCAAGUCCCCUGCAGCCAGCCUAGAGAAGCAUGGUGACCCCCAUCACCACCGGAACAGCUGUGCUGCCGUGAGCCGCCGCCGACACAACUCCUCCGAUGGCUUCUUUAACAACGGGCCCCUGCAUGCCCCCGCAGGUGAUGGGUGGCAGCAGCCCUCUCUCCUCCUGAGACAUGACUCUGUGGACUCUGGGGUGGCGAAGGGGGGGCACGGUGGUCUAGCGGGGGGGUCCUGCUGGAAGGAGGCUCAUCCCACCUGGCACGGGGCGCCACGGGCAGCACAGGACAGGCACCACCACCUGGGGCGCCAACCCAAGCGCCAUGGGACGGGAGGAGGGGACAGGCAGGGGGGACACCGGCAGCGCAACGGCAACUUCCAUCCCCGCAAGAGCGCCCCUGGGAUCUACCAGGACAAGUUCCCCAAUGAUGAACACAGCAGGGAGGACAAUCUGAAGUUUGUGGAAGAGGACUUUCCCUCCCUUAACCCUGAAACAACUGGAAAGCCUGGGAACCAGAUGAGGCCAGUGGCUCCUCACGCUGGAGUAUGGGAGAACCCGCCUAGUGGCAAGCAGAUGGUGUCUAAGAUGCUGGUGAUCAAGAAGGUUUCCAAGGAGGACCCAGGAUGCACUGUGUUCUCUACUGGCUUCGCCAGCUCCGGAGCCCCGCCCAUCAAUGGCAGCAAAGUCCUGCCAACCAUCACUAGCUCUACCCACUCAGUCUACAAGAACCUGGUGCCUAAGUCUGCCAUGGUGCCCACCAAGCCCCCUCAGUGGAAGCCGAGUGGGAGAGACUCCACCAAGCCUGGCCUCCACCUGUCAGGACGAGACUCUGUCUUCACCAGCCCUGUGUCUGCAGCCAAACCCGCCACCCAGCUACAUAGCCACAACACCCCCAAAGAGCGUCCUUUCAGUACGACUCCUCCCAUAGACAUCGCCUCGUCGUCACGGCUGAAGCUGAUGCGGCGCGGACCAGACCGGAAGAGUGACUUCCUGCGGACGCUGAAGGACGAGGUCACCGGUGACCUGACCUCCAGCAGCAGCCCUGGGACACCUGGAGAGGGCGAGAGCAGCACCCCAGAGCCCAAAGCCUACAGCCAGGGAGUCUGCAAUGAGAACGGCCUGUCUCACUCCCUCAGCGACUCAGACACGGAUCACUUGUCUAGCUCACUGGAGGCAGAACACCGGUUACUGAAGGCCAUGGGCUGGCAGGAAUACCCAGAAAACGAUGACAGCUUCCUGCCCCUGACUCAGGAAGAGCUCAGAGAGUUCCAGACUAAAACUGAACAUCUGAAGAGGAAUGGGAUCAUCCCCCUCCACUUCACCCACUGGAGGUGUGUUGCAGAGGCCCACUCAGAAAAGGACGAGGGCUCAGAGUCUGAAACCAGCAGCCAGACCUCAGACGAUGAUGAUGUCAACUUGACGAAGUGGCUUUAAACACACACCCCUCUUCUUCAGAACACCUGUUUGACUUUCUUGCACAAGGGGAAAUUCCAGUGGAAGUUCCUGCUCAGCCAUGCAGAUGUAUUUUUCCUGCGUUGCACCUCUUCCCUCACUUUGUGGAACUGAGUGUUCGUCAAGAAAAGGGCAAUGCACAUCUGAUUUAAGAGACUAACAAUAUUAAAAUGGUAUCCUGACGUUUCAAUAGGAA